GUCUGUCCCUGUUUCGGAUAGACGGAAAGGAGUUGCUGCUUUCUGGAUCCCCUCUUCUUUUUUUUUACCUUCCCGCUGUGUUCUCUCAUCAUUGCAAUUUUUUUUUUUUUUUUUGAUAUGGAAAGCAAAGAACCAAGCACCUGCGGCAGCGUUGAGAAGGAGGAGUUUCCAUCACUACUUGCUAGCCUAACUAAGUCUGUUUACAUCCCAGCACUGCGUCUUUUUGACUAGAGUUUUUCCCUUUUUAUCGUUUAACGUGUCAAUUUGUGGCUGUCAACGUUUAAAACCAGCCCCCUCCCCCGUUUUCUCUUUCAGUCAUUCAGCUGUCAUUCUGCUUGUCACUUGCCUCAGUGGAGUUGGCUACCCCUUUCUUUUCCCUCUAGGAUUUCAUAACAUGUAACGACACUCUUCUUCUUGAUUGACUAUCCAAAAUGGACUCAUCAGCGGGGGUCAAAGGUCACGUGCCACACUUUACUAAAAACUUGACAUUUUAAGUUUUUGAAAUAGAGAUUUUUUUUAAGUUAAUAGUAAUCAUGGGGAAUACACCUGGAAGCUUGGACAUCCCAGGCAGAGAUGGUACACCUGGAUCAGUUGGGCCCCACAAACCAGGGGCCAAGCUCCCCAUGCCACCUGAAGAAGAGCUGUUGGAGCGCUUCAGUGCACUUCUGGAUACUAUGAAUCUUCCUCCAGACAAAAUGAAGAUCCUGGGCCAGUACGACAAUGAAAAGAAGUGGGACCUGAUCUGUGACCAUGAGAGAGUUCAAGUGAAGAAUCCUCCAUCCACAUACUUGGACAAACUCAGGAGUUAUUUGGACCAUGGAGGGGUCAGUCGCAAGUUUAAACGUCGCGUUCCAGAGUCCACCCAGGUCCUGAGAGAGCUGGAGAUCUCUCUACGGACAAAUCACAUCGGUUGGGCUCAGGAGUUUCUGAAUGAGGAGAACCAGGGUCUGGAUGUGCUGGUGGACUACUUGUCUUAUGCCCACAGUGCUGCUAUGUAUGAUGGAGAUACACUGGACAGUACUGCAGCCUCAGCAGAGAAAUCAGUGGAAGAUCUGAGCAAAAGUGCCACCAACUCUCCCUCUCACAGUGCCUCCAAGCCCACCAAAGCCUUUACAGUCAGGAAAGCUCUGAGGACGUCCCGUGUGGUGAGCCAGAAGGACGACACGCACCUGUGCAUCAUGUGUUUACGCGCCAUCAUGAACUACCAGUCGGGCUUUAACGUGGUGAUGACUCACCCCCGCUGUGUCAAUGAGAUCACCCUGAGUCUCAACAACAAGAACCCCCGAACUAAAGCCCUGGUGUUGGAGCUGCUGGCGGCUGUCUGUCUGGUGAGAGGAGGACAUGACAUCAUUCUCUCAGCUUUUGACAACUUUAAAGAGGUUUGUGGAGAGAAAAGAAGAUUUGAAAAGCUCAUGGAAUAUUUCUGCAAUGAAGACAAUAACAUUGACUUCAUGGUGGCCUGUAUGCAGUUCAUCAACAUUGUGGUGCACUCUGUGGAGAACAUGAACUUCAGAGUACAUCUGCAGUAUGAAUUCACUCACCACGGUCUGGACGAGUUCCUGGAGUCAUUGAAGUUCACAGAGAGUGACCGGCUCCUGGUGCAGAUUCAGGCCUAUCUGGACAAUGUGUUUGACGUGGGAGCACUGCUGGAAGACGCAGAGACCAAGAACGCUCUGCUGGAGCACAUGGAGGAACUGCAGGAGCACAACACACAGCUAAACACAAGACUGCAAGAAAGUGAAAAGGAAUCUACAGAGAAAGUGUCUGAUCUUGAAAAGAAACUGAUGCAAGCCACAAAAGAAGUGGAGCUCCUAAAGGAAAGCCUCCGUGAGUCCUCCACUCAGGUCAGUGCACUGCAGCAGCGUGAACGGGAGCGAGAACUUGAACGGGAGCAUGAGAGAGAGAUCGAGAGAAACAAGGACCUGAGCAAUCAGGCGCUGAAGGAGCUGGAGGCCAAAGUUCAAUCCCUGGUUGAUCAGGGGCUCAUCAGGAUGGAACGCUCCACAUCAGGACAACUGGACAUUCAAGUGGUCCCUACAGUCCAACAAGUCAUACAGAAAGCUAAAGAUGUGCCAGAUGUGGGCAACAUUACAGCACACCCAAAAGAAGACAAAACUGCUGUAUCAGAAAACAUCCAGACCCCUCCCCCUCCUCCCCCGCCCCCACCUCCCCCCGCACCACCAGCACCCCCCUCUGCCCCGCCUCCUCCGCCUCCAGCAGCUCCUCCAGCGCCACAGCUGCCCUCUGCUGGAAGUGCACCGCUUACAGCCUCUAAGAAGAAGAGGACAAUCCAGACCAAGUACCGCAUGCCGUUAUUCAACUGGCAGGCUCUCAAGUCCAACCAGGUGGCAGGCACCAUCUUUAACGAGCUGGACGAUGAGAGCAUCUUAGAGGAGCUGAACAUGGCUGCCUUUGAAGAGCAGUUCAAGACCAAAGCCCAGGCUUCCCCUGCAGAGAUCGGCACCCUGAGGAUGAAACUGGCCCACAAGAUUCCUAGUAAAGUGUGCCUAAUGGAGCCAAACCGGGCCAAAAACCUUGCUAUUACUUUGAGAAAGGAGGGCAUGGCAGCAUCAGACAUUUGCUGUGCUAUAGAAACUUACAACCAGAAAGCCCUGAGUUUGGAUUUCCUGGAAUUAUUGGAGCGUUUCAUUCCCACUGAGUACGAGAUGAAGCUCAUUCACAACUACGAGUGCGAGGGCAGGCCCCUGGAUGAGCUCAGCGAGGAGGACCGCUUUAUGGUGCGAUUUGGCAAGAUUCCCCGAUUGGCACAGCGCAUCAGCACACUCACCUUUAUGGGCAAUUUCACAGACAGUGUCCAGCUCAUUCAGCCCCAAAUUGAUGCUAUUAUUGCUGCAUCUAUGUCAAUCAAAUCAUCAGCCAAACUCAAGAAAAUCCUAGAGAUCAUUUUAGCAUUUGGAAACUACAUGAACAGCAGUAAACGAGGAGCAGCAUAUGGCUUUAAACUGCAGAGCUUAGAUCUGCUAUUAGAGACCAAAUCGACAGACCGUAGACAGACCCUGCUUCACUUCAUAGUCAACAUCAUUCAGGAGAAGUAUCCAGAGCUCCACUCAUUUUACACAGAGCUGCACUUCCUGGACAAGGCUGCUAUGGUUUCUUUGGACAGUAUCCUGCAGGACGUCCGGGCUCUGGAGCGGGGCAUGGAGGUGACCAAGAGGGAGUUUACAGUGGAAAAGGACAACCCCGUCCUACAGGCCUUUGUCAAGAGCAACUCUGCCCUCCUGGACUCUGUCAUCGCCGAUGGCAAAAAGGCACAGGACGUGUAUGACUCAGCAGUGGAGUAUUUUGGAGAAAACCCCAAAACGAUGCCGCCCGCGAUGUUCUUUCCUCUUUUCGUUCGCUUCAUCAAGGCAUACAAGCAAGCUGAGCAGGAGAAUGAACAGAGGAAGAGGAAAGUCAACAUUGAUCCUCCACUAACCUCACCCAAACCUGACAUCAACAAGGUGACCAUGAUGCCAAAGCUGCCGCAGAUGGACCUGAUAGCAGAGCUGAAGAAGAGGCAGACCACUCCUUUAGUGAGAGAGGGAAAGGAUGGAGCUAUCGAAGACAUCAUCACAGACCUCAGAAACCAGCCGUACAGGAGGGCCGAUGGGGGACGACGCAGCGCCAAGUGGAAACCAGGACAACAGCUCCAAGUAUCUUCAGACAUCUCACUCUAAUGACGCUAUAUACAAACUAUAUUCUAAAGCUAUAUACUACAGAAUGCACAAAGCUGAAUACAGUAGUCUAGGUGGGACCCAGCAUUUGAACUCUGGCACGCCUCUUGCAUGUUGUUGAAUGCAGAGGUGAAUCUGCAUGUACUUAACACUAUAAUGAACCAGCUGCAUGACAGUCAGCUCUUGCCACAGCCUCUUCUGAGAGCAUCACUGUAGUUUUUCCAUUAGAGUUUUUAGCAACACUCAUGUGAUUAAAAUAAUUGUGACGUUGUUAAUGGCAGAGAAUGACAAAUAAGUUAAUUAAAACAAUUAUGUAAAGUUUGAAUAGAUGUACUUAGAAAGGUCCACUCUAAGAAAAAGGCCCUAAUGCUUUGAUGAAAAAUGAGCUUAUGAAUUAUCAGUUUCCACUCUCAAAACCCUGAUCAUGCUGAAGAUUUUUAUUAUAUAAAUUAUUUUUAAUACUGAAGAGAUAGCUACUUUGCUUCUGCAUUUCAAAGAAUAAAUGUUUUAUACAGUU